ACUUCAAAUUUCCGCAUUUAGAGCUAGGUCUAGUGAAACUGACCCAAAGUUUGCCACUGUCUGGUUUAGUUGCACUUAAUAAUAUACGAGUGAUAAUGUCGAGGCUUCUCCUGAGAGCAAACCUGAGGAGAUGCAUCGCCUCUCAGAUUAGAAUGGCAUCUGAUCAGCUUGGUGAGUUGGGCAAGGGAGCAGGCAAGGGUGGUGGCGGAGGAGGCUCCGUGAGGGAGGCAGGGGGUGCAUUUGGAAAGAGAGAAGUAGCAGAGGAAGAGCGGUACUUCAGGCAGAAGGAGAAGGAGCAGAUGGAAGCGCUGAGGAAGCAUCAUGCAGAGGAGAUUGAGCACCACAAAAAGGAGAUUGAGCGCCUACAGAAGGAGAUUGACCGUCACAAGGGCAAAAUCAGGAAGCUUAAGCAUGAUGACUGAAGCUUGUCAUCAUUUCUCGUCCUGGGAUUCCAGCCAUCUUAUUGCGAAAUCAAUGAUUAUCAGAUCCUGAUUGAUUUACUGCUGGUCAGGGCAGGUCCUGUAUCAGACGUCAUACUGACAGGGUGAAUUCUGAAAAAAAAUAAUAAUAAUAAAGUCCUUCAUUUUUCACA